GAGCCUCCGUUCACUCGCCAGUGCUCUGAACUUUGCGUUUAGGUUUGCAUGGCUGCAUCCACGCCAGACCCCUGCCAGCCAGUGCUUUAGGCCCCGCUUCUCCAGAGACCCCUGCCCAGCUGAGCUGCUAGGUGCCUUCCAAGGAGGUGGCCCACUGGAAGAAGCCCACGGAGGGAGGAAGGAGACGGCCAUGGCAGCCAACGGCUCCGGUGGGAUGCACGAUGCUCUCCUGGACAGCAGCCUCCUCAGUGAUGACGACCUCGUUUCCAACUGGUACAUCUACGACACCAUGGAGCCGGCCGUGCCACAGGAUGACAUGUUUCCUGGCGUGAUCCCAGACUGUGACCCCACUGUUUCCCCCAGGAUGUAUCACAUCUGCAUGGCACCCAUCUCUCUGGCCGUGCUCCUGGGCUUGUCCUUGCUGGUGAAGCGCAGGCGUCUCCACCAGAGCUGCUGGAACGGUGUCCCAGGACUGCUCAGCCCAGCCAACUUUCUGGAAGAGGAAGGCAACCAGGGGCUGGUGGCCGCGGUGUUCGGCAUCCUCUUCUCCUCCCUGUGCGUGCUGGUCUUGGACAGGGACCCUCUGCCACUCAUCUCCCACUCCUCCCAGAGCAGCCGAGAGUACUGGAAGAUCAUGGCUUUGCUCUACUACCCAGCCUUCUACUACCCCCUGAUCGCCUGUGCCACCGUCCGGCACAGACUCAGCUACCUCGUGGGCUGCCUGCUCUCCUGGUGCCACUGCGUGGUCCACAUCUGGCAGAAGGUGGACUGUCCCCAGUCGCCAAAGAUAUACAGGUACUACUCCACACUCUCGUAUGUCCCCAUCAUCCUCUGCCUCGUCCUCUUAAGCCUUUGGUAUCCAGCCCUGCUCAUCAGGAGCUUCACAGUCCAGGAGGAGGCCUUGGAUAAGGAGGUUACAGGGACAGGGUAUUACAAGAAGUACCUAAAGGCUGUCCUAUCCAAACGCCCUCGGAAGGGAAGCUCCACAAAGAUAGAAGAGAGCCUGCUCUCAAGGAUCCAGACGUAUUUAUGCUCCUACAUCUACACUCCCGAGGAAGGUUUCCGGAUCCCCCUGAAGCUCGUCGUGUCCAUAACCAUGGCUGUGAUCGCCGUCUACCAGGUCGCCCUGCUGCUCCUGGUAUCCUUCGUUCCCACCAUCCAGAUCGUGCGGGCGGGAAUGACAAAGGACGUCGUGGUGCUGUUGGUCCAGUUUGGCUUGGUGCCCUCAGACAACCCAGCUGUCCCAGGUGACAUGGAGAAGGAGCUCAACAUUGUCAAGCACUACCUGUGGUCGCUGGAAGUGUGCUACAUCUGCUCGCUGGUGCUGUGCUGCCUCCUGACCUGCGCCAUGCUCCUGAGGACGCUGGUGAUGCACAGGAAUAACCUGAAGGCACUUUACCAAGGGGCCGUGCUGGACGUGUUCUACAAAGCCCACAUCCUCCGCCCGUCCCGACAAGCCGUUGUCUGCUGGAUGAGCUUCGCCGGCUUCCAGACAGCUUUCGCCUGCUUGGGUCUCCUCAUCCAGCAAGUGAUCUUCUUCUGCUGCUCGGUGGCGUUUGCCUUCCUCGUUGUCAUCCCGCUCCAGUAUGGCACGAGCACCCCCCUCUUCACAAUCAUCCAGAACAUGUGGCCCUUCUGGUUGACCCUGGUGGUUGCCGUCAUCGUGCAGCAUUUGGCAGCUCAUUACCAGUUCCUGGAGCAGCAUCCCCUGCGGAAGGAGCUCACCAACAGGCGAGCCCUCUACAUAGUCACCUACCUGCUCUUCCCCAUCAACGUCCUGGUGGGUGUCCUGGCUGGGGUGUGGAGGAUGGUCAUUUCUGGCCUUUACAAUGCCAUCCACUUCUGCCAGCUGGACAUCAGCCUGCUGAACCGGGGCGUGGAGGCCUUCGACCCAGGCUACCACACGUACUGCCACUAUCUGAAAAUCGAGGUCAGCCAGUCCCACCCAGUGAUGAAAGCUUUCUGCUUGCUGCUUCUCCAGCCAGCCCGACCAGAGCGGCCGGCAGCACCCCAGCCCAGCAAUGUGGAAGAGGGCAUCCAGCUGAUGCAUCCCGAGAGGACGCCCCUGAACAGGGCGCGGACCAGGCGGAGCCGAGCCCGUUGGUGCUUGGCUUACACACUCCUCAACAACCCCUCGCUGACGGCCUGCCGGAAAACCGCCCUCUCUGACCCCACGGCCAACGGCACCCAGCUCAGCCCCCCCAAGCCCUGACCUCCAGAGAAGCCCCCCACCUCUCUCUGCCUCCCAUGCACCCUCCUUUCCCAUCCCAUUCUUGUCUCCUGUUGACUCUAAUACUGCACCAACAGGAGUUUUGGGCACCUCUUGCCCCCUCUCCAGCCUCCGGAGCCUUUCCAGCAGUGUUGGGGGCUGGUUUUUAUCUCUAGGUCCGUGCUGAGCCACUCCCUAGGCCUGGAGGUAGAGACAACUGGGUCACCUCCAAACCUGACCUGGAAGGAGAUGAGCCAGGCUAAACCCUUCCAGCAUCUCAGAGAUAUUUUAGGAGUCACUCCUGCAAUGAGCCCACCCGUUCUCAACAGACACAUGGCAAGACAGGCAAACCCCCCAGUGCCAGGGCAUAAGGAAAGAGGGAGAAGGUGUGUGGACGAAUCCUUAACCAUCCUCAGCACAAGGAAUUACCUGCAUCUCAACGUGAUCUCCUAGUGGAGAAGACCCCACUGCCAACCCCAUCCCCAGCCUCUCCCUUUCUGACCCUGGCUCCCUUUGGGCACUGGGACUUGCUUUUUUCCCCAAUUCUGUGAAGGAUAAAAUCCUGUCUGCCCCUGUUCUGGGCUGUGAGGCUGCAGAGCUGUUUGUUUUCUGUCCUCCCCUGUCCUCUCACCCCCCCACCCCAGUGCCUCAUUGUUGCCACCCUGUUUUGUUUAAAGCCAGCAGCUCCCAGGGCAGGUGUCCCUCUGAGCGAGACGAGCUUGAAUCCGUAGAAUCCAGUUUUACACCUCGCUUGGAUGUGCCGAGUCGGGGAAGGUUAAUAAAUCACAUACCUCAUUCCUA